GUGUGAGCGCGUCGCUCUCUAUACCACUUAACGGUAUUUCGAAUAACGAGACUAAAGCGCGUGUUAAACAAUUUGUGCAUGCCAAAACUAACUACUAAAUUGAUUGCGCGAAAAUACGAGAAAGAAAAAAUUGUGUGUCUUUCAUGCAUUUAGCCGGCGCUAUUUUUGAUUGAUAUUUGCCUGUGUGUGUGUGUGUUUCUUGGCAUGUGCAUGUGUGUGUGUGUCUGUGCAAGUUUUGAUUAAAGCGCGCGCGUGAAUUGUUUUGUGAAUAGUUUUCUGUGUGCAAUUUGCAUAUAAUUGACAGCCACAUAGCUGGUGCUCGUUUUUUUUUUCUCUCUGUGUAUAACAAUUAAACGCUUAAAGCGGCUCAAUAAAAAUUGAAAAUUGAAGAAACACGUUAAGGGUUUUAACUUGAUUCGAACCGAACUACACACGACGAACGCCAAGCGAUCACUGAGCGGAGCGGUAGCAUUUCUGUCUCGUCGACGUGCGCCUCCGACGACGACGGUGACGCUGACGACGGUGACGACGUGUAUCGGUUCAAAUUGUUCGCAGCUGACCUAAGAGUGGAAAGUGGAAAAGCUGGAGGGGAAACUAAACUGGCACAACAACUUUAAAAGUACAAACCAAGUGCAGGGAUUGGCAACAAUGGAAAAUGCGAUGUCAGCAACAGCCAACAACUACAACUGCAACUGCAACUACAACUACGACAGUAAAAGCGAGUCAACAACAGCUUAAAACAUAAUACGUUAAAUCAGAGAGAAAGGAGAGGGGCAGACAGUGUGGGGGAGAAGAGAUAGAGCGGCUUACCAGCACAAACAAAGCAUCAGGCAGAAAUGAUGAGAAAGCAGUGUUGUAAUUAGUUGGUGGAUGGAUGGAUGGCUGACAAAGUGCAGAGCACAGCAUGAAUCAUAAGUUGAGGCGAAAACGGAAGUUGAGUGGCCAAUAAAACUGAGCAAGCAAGCAAAACAGCCAACAAGACAACAACUAAAUGUUUCUUAGCAAGAAGAGCGUGCAACAACUGCAACAACUGCAACAGCGAUCAUGUGUGACGUUGAGCAGGCGUUCAAAUGCAAUCAAAGCGAAGACGAUCACGACGCACAACACACGGAGGAGGAGCACGACGAGCAGGACGUGGAACACCACCAGCACCACCAGCAGCAGGCAUGUGUCAAGUCAACGGCAUUAGCCAAACGAGACGCCUCCAAACGUUGCUUGGGGCAGCUGCUCAAGUUGCUGCUCUCGACGCCAGGACUUGUGCUGCUGGUCACAGGAUACUCGGUGCUGGGCGCAUUAAUCUUUCCGUUGCUGGAGGCGCCACAGGAUCUGAGCAAAUCGGCGGCCAUAGCCAAGAGCCGUGAGGAUUGUCUGCGCGAACUGUGGAUCAUAACGGAGAAACUGAACGUUCUGUAUGAGCGCAAUUGGACGAUGCUGGUUCACGAGCAGCUGCGUCGCUUUGAAGGCUCCAUUGUGGCUGCCACGCGUCCAGGUGGUAGUGGUGGUGCUGCUGCUGGUGUUGCUGCCCACGGUGGCAGUGCCAGUGCUUUGGGUCACUUUGGCUACGAUGUGGGCGACACGCAGAGCUGGACAUUUAGCGAGGCUCUACUCUACUCGGUGACUGUGAUAACGACUAUUGGUCAUGGGAGUCUGACGCCACGCACAGCUGCUGGUAAAUUGGCGACAAUUUUCUAUGCUCUCAUCGGUGUCCCAUUGAUGCUGAUGUGUUUGUCCAGCUUGGGAGCGUUGCUCGCCGAGGCGCUCCAGUGCACCUAUAUGCGUCUGUGUUGCCAACUGCAACGUAAUCAGGCAUCUGCUGGCGGAGAGAAGAAGACAAUGGCAACGGGAGCGGGAGCGGGAACUGGUAUAGGGACGAGGACGGGGACGGGAAGUGGCACGUUGACAAAGCGACGUCAUGCAGCUGGCAAUGGGGCAAGCUGUAAAGGCUGUAAAUACGAUGCGGCCAAUAGUGAAACGAGCCUGAAUGAAUGCUAUGAAUAUGGCCAAAAGGCAACGACAACAAUGAAACGCAAAUUGUCGCUGGAACAAGCCGAAGAUGCCUGUCAAUUGUUGCGCAAUGCAAUGCCAAGCAAGUUGAAUCAGCAGCAACAGCAAAUGCAGCAGCAGCAGCAGCAACAGCAGCAGCCGGAUGUCAUGCUAAUGACAACAACAACAACGGGCAAUGCAUUGCUGAAAUAUGCACCGUUGCCACAACAACAUCAGCAGCAUCAACAGCAGCAACAUCAGCAACAGCAGCAGUCGUUGCACUAUAUAAACGCAUCAGCAACACAGCAUCAGCAACAGCAAUUAACCACAGCAUCUUUGCCGCGCCAACACCAACAACAUCAACAGCCACCGAAUUUUGUUGCCGUGCCGAGCAGCAUGCUGCGCUUCAGUGCACCACCACCAGCAACAACAAUGGCACCACCAAAUUGCUUUGCCCCAGCUACGGCGACAAUUUACUUUCCAUUUGCGCCAGCUCCAGGCUCCAGUCCACAGCCACUUGUUAAGUAUCAUACGAUACACUUGCAGCCAGCUGCCAAGCAACAGCAGCAACAGCAGCAACAUCGACUGCUCGCCACACUAGAUGCACAUCCAACAGCAGCUGGCAGUGGACACAGCGGCGAUUUGGACGCAACAACGUCAACACUGGAGACAAUCACAUUGCCACCGCCACCUGCCUAUCAAACAGCCAAUAUGCAUUCUGUGCGUCGCGCCAAGUUUGUGUCGAAGCCAAUGUCGAAUGAAAUCAAUACGCUGCUCACUGCAGAAUCGAGUGAUUUAUCCUGCCGGCAUGAUUUAUUGCCGCAUACAUUAUCUGCAGCAACAAUAACAACAGCAGCAACAGGAGCAGCAGCGACAACAGUAGCAGCAGCAUUGUUAAGUUACACGGCAGCAACAAGCAACAGCAACAUGCAACUGUCAGCAGGCAUUAAGGCAACAGCAACAUCAGCAGCAACUGCAGCAACAAUGGCCGAUAACAGUUUUAUAGCCGCAGGUGUUUGUGGCAAUGGCGUCACUGCAACAACAGCAGCAGCAUCAACAGCAGCAACAGCAGCAGCAACAGCAACAACAACAACAGCUGCAGCAACAUUGUCGGCGCUGCUCAGCUCAAGUGGCAAUGUGGACAUCAUGGAGGAUGAGGACGAACAGGAGCGUGAACGUUUAAGCAAUUGCCCACAUGGAACGCCAUCACGUGUGCCCCUGAUAGCCAGCUCUGGGUGUGCUGUUAGUGGUGCUGGUGCACCGUUGAGCCUGCCCCAUGGGCUGCCACAUGGUCUGGAUAAGUCUGGUCCGGGGAAUCCAGCGCGUGGCUUGCUUAAUGCGACAGCUGCAACAUUUCAGCGACACACGUUGCAGCCACUGAAUCGCAAGACGCUGAUGUUGACUCGUCGCUGCCAGAAGCAUCACGGCACACGGACGCUGUACGAUGCCACCGCUAACACGGAGACCUCCGAGGACGACGAGGAACACUUUAUGCAGCAUGGCAGCGAACAGUUUGUGCUCAAGAAGCUCAAGAAGAAGAGCAACACUCGCUCCCAGGAGUGUCUGGAGCAGCUCAACGUUAAUGCCACUGACGACGAUGAUGAUGAUGAUGUGGACGAUGACGAUGGCGAUGAGGAUGAGGAGAACUCGCUGCAACGACAGGUGCCCAUUAGUCUGGUACUGCUGAUACUCAUGUGCUACAUAUGUGUGGGCACCGUUGUCUUUGCGCUCUGGGAGAAUUGGUCCUUGGUGGAUGGCGCCUACUUUUGCUUUGUCACGCUGUCGACAAUUGGCUACGGUGACUUUGUGCCCGCGAGGAGUUUCAAUGGACCCGAAGUGCAGCUGUAUGCGUGCUGUGCUUAUCUGCUGCUCGGACUCGUCCUGGUCGCGAUGUCCUUCAGCAUACUGGAGACGCAGCUGAUGUGGAAAUGCAAACGGAUUGCGGUGCGACUGAAGCUAACCACCAGCAAUUGAUCCUUCUUCCGUUCCUCCUCCUGCUCCUGCUCCUACUCCUCCUCAUGCUCCACUCAUGUUGUGUAUAUGUAUGUGUGACAAAGGACACGCUCCUAUUAGAAAUUAGAGGUUAGUCAACUCAAAACCGUAUUGGAAUACUUGGCGCAUGCUUAUUCAAGUGUAUAAUAUACAAAUAAUAUUAAUAAUACUAAUGAUAUACAACAGACAGCUUAAUGUAAAUGCAAAUCUUAAGAGAGAGUCGGUUGUCUGCGCGAGC